UGCUAGAGGAAUCCGCCAGAGGUUCCUGCAGGGUGAGAGCCUGAUGUGAAGAGGCGGAUAUGCCAGGGCAGGGUGGAUGGAUGGAUGAGCAAGAGCAUGGUCAGACAAGCCGAGUCGGUAGCCGUGGGAGCAGUGCGGUACAAAGCAGUGGGCAGAGAAUGGUCGGGUCACAGGUCAGCAACAGAAGAUCAAAUCCACAAGGGGGCAUCCAGGAGGGAGGUCAGGCAAGCCAGAGGUCAGAGCAGGAGAGAACAGCAAGGUCAAGAACAAUCCGAGUCAGCAAGAAUCACGAAUCACGGUAACAGGAUCAGGAACACAGGGAGACCAAACGGCAAUACCUGUCAGCGCAAGGCGAUUUAA